AUGGUCGAUCCCCUCUCGGGGGCUUCUCCUCCCCACAGCUCCGCCACGUUGCCCCUGAUGAUGAAGUGCGUGGAGGAGAACAACGGAGUCUCCAAGCACAUCAGCCGCUUCAUCCUCCCCAUCGGGGCCACGGUCAACAUGGACGGGGCGGCCCUCUUCCAGUGCGUGGCGGCCGUCUUCAUCGCCCAGCUCAACAACGUCUCGCUCAACUUCGUCCAAGUCAUCACGAUCCUCAUCACGGCCACAGCGUCCAGCGUUGGAGCAGCUGGAAUUCCUGCCGGAGGGGUCCUCACCCUGGCCAUCAUCCUGGAGGCCAUCAGCUUGCCAACCAACAACAUCUCGCUCAUCUUGGCGGUGGAUUGGCUGGUAGACCGGACGUGUACUGUCCUGAACGUGGAGGGCGAUGCCUUUGGCGCGGGGCUCCUACAGGUGUACUCGGAGAAGAAAAUGGGCCAGAUGGAGGACGACGACCUGGUGGAGGUUAAGACGGUGGCCGUGGAGGCCAGCAAGCCCGAGUGGGUAGAGGAGGGCUCCCCGCUGAUUAAGCAGAACGGCCCAACCCAUUUGGGGGAUAGCAAACCUUGCGAAAAAGAAUCCGUGAUGUGACUGAACUACUCCAAAGCCGAACUUUAGAACUUUUCUCCAAAAAAAAA